CAAAACAAUUCUCUCCACUGUUCUCUUAUGCUCGAAAGAGUGCUGGUUGAUUUAGACGACAGAAGCUGUCAGGUAGACGGUCUCUGGUCUCCUGACCUGCUGCAUUGGCAUUAAUUUGUAAUAGUUUUGUGAUUUUACAAGGACAAGCUAUAGAAUAACACAAUGGAAGCUAAAUUAAAGAAAGAGCUGGGGACAAAUAUGCUGAAGUCAACUGGACACGCAGGCGGGGGAUGCAUCAGUGAGGGCCAUAGUUACGACACUGAUCACGGCAGAGUGUUUGUGAAGAUCAAUCACAAAAGCGGGGCCAAGUUGAUGUUUGAUGGAGAGAUGUCGAGCCUGGAAACAAUUUUAAAGACAGAAACUGUCAAAGUCCCGAAACCACUGAAAGUGAUUGAGCUUGACACAGGAGGCUGCGUAUUUGUGAUGGAGCAUCUGGAUAUGAAAAGUCUUAACAAGUACUCUAAACAGCUGGGAGAGCAGCUGGCGGAUCUGCACCUUCACAACAAAAGACUGUUGGAAAAACAAAAUAAAGAGCAGCAAACAGUGGGUAAAGGGGCUGGACACACCAAGACCGAUCCUGUUGAGAAAUUUGGCUUUGGUGUAAAUACUUGCUGUGGAUAUAUAGCACAGAAAAAUGAGUGGCAGAGCGACUGGGUGCAGUUUUACUCCCAGCAGAGGCUGGAGUACCAACUGAACAUGGUGGAGAAAUCGCAUGGAGAUCGGGAGGCCAGAGAGCUGUGGGCAAAACUGCAGCUGAAGAUCCCUGAGUUUUUCACCAAUGUGGAGGUCGUCCCAGCCCUCCUCCAUGGAGACUUAUGGGGGGGCAACGUGGCAGAGUGUGCAGAUGGCCCAGUCAUCUUUGACCCAGCUUCUUUCUAUGGCCAUUCAGAGUUUGAGCUUGCUAUUAGUGGGAUGUUUGGUGGCUUCGACAACUCUUUCUACUCUGCUUACCAUGAUAAGAUUCCUCAAACACCAGGGUUUGCACAAAGAAACCAGCUCUACCAGCUCUUCCAUUACCUGAAUCACUGGAAUCACUUUGGAGGUAGCUACAGAGGCUCGUCGAUAAGGAUUAUGAAGAAUUUGCUCAAAUAAAAACUCUCUCAGUUCCAAUUAAAAAAAGGCUUUAAGUCUUAUCAUAAGCAAAGUAAUAUCUAGAUUUUUUUAGAUAAAAAACAACAUGGCAAAGAGUGAAAUUUACUAAACAUUCUCAAAGAUUCUAAAAUAUCUAACUGCAUGUUGGAAUUUCUUAGAUGUUGUAUUGAAAAUGGAGAAAAAAACAUUGGGAUAAUUAAAAUAAAUAUGUUGCAACACUCUGCUGUAUUAUACACUAUGUGUAAUUCCAUGAUUUAAAACUGUUGCUAAAUAAAUGAAGUGUAGGUUUCUUCAAGGUCAUUAAACUUGGCAGAAGAACAAACACAAAGUAUUCAUCUGCUGGGGUGCAGAUAUGAGAGGUGUUUCCUCUCAUAUCUAUUAUUUCAUUACAUGCAGUUGUCCCAAAGUAAAUUACACUCAACAAGGACUGUAGCUCCUGGUAUUUUAAAGAUUUGACAUAUGCAGUCUUACAAUCUCCAUAGUUUUUUCUGAUGAUCCUGAUAUGCAUUGGCUGUCUUUUUUUUUU